AUGGGAGUCGAUCCCCGUGACACGGCCAGAGCAGCCGCACUAACGACCACAACAAAUGGGGACUUCUUCCUCUCCUCAACCCCAGCUCUCUCAUCUCCGCGCCUUCCAUCUUCUCCAUCGCAUCGGCGUCCUUCUUCUCCCCCCUCCGCCUCCACAAACAACAACUCUUUUCCUCGUAUCCCGCAGAGUCGCUUCAGUUUCGAGUACGGAAGUCCCCUGCGCAAACAGGCCUCCGUGUCGCACGCCCGUUCCACUAUAGCCACGCCGUCUGGCCCAGAUUCCAACCAGUCUCCCACCACCAACACCACCACUGACUCCACGACCACCGCCACUCCCCAGCGCUCAUCCUUGUAUGGCCGACACCGGCGCUCAGUCCCGAACCUGAGUUACGCUCGCACGCCGACCACCGAUUUUGAUUCGCUUCCUUCCUCUCCUCGUGGCACCCAAGAACUAGAGUCGGAUCCGGAUCGCGCGCCGCCCCCUGAUUCUCGCCCAACAGUCCGGGUGCUGAGUCCCAAUGCGACAAAGCGUCGUAAACAGUCCUUCUAUGCCUCGCAGACGCCGGACGUGAAGAGGAGAAUGCCUUCGUCCACUCUCUCGUAUAGUCAAGGGAGACCCCAGGCGGGCGAUCGCGCCGUCAAUGGGUUCGAUAAGUAUGCUUCGCAGGAUGGCAACGUCACUCCCAUCGCGGAUGAUACUCGAUCGAAAAAUGAUGACAUCUUUUUGAAUAUCGCGAGAACGGAUACGGAACGCCGUGAUUCCAUCGGACGGUCAGAUUUCAGGAGGUCGCGGUUCAGAAUGUCUGGCAGUAGUCUGCGCUCCCCGACCAGCUCGCAUGUAAAUAUAAGUGAACAAACCCCUUCGCCUGAGCAAGGGCGGUUAAAUUCCUACGAAAGCCCCUUGCAUUCUCAACCCAUUUCUUCGCAAAUCCCCCUGGGUACCCUAUCGAACUCCUACUCGGCUUCUGCCCACCCCCUGGACGAUCACCCCCGUGCCCAUCCCUCGUUUGGCAGCAGGUCCACCAUCGGCCUCCCUCGCAGUCGAUUAAGUCGCGCCAAUGCAGACGCUUCUCCCGAUUUCUCUGAUUUGAACGCGGACCGACGAGGCUCCCUCCAAGAUGCUCGAGGAUAUCGCAAUACAACGCUAUCGACCAUCCGUAGCAGUCGACAGGCGUCCGCUUCUGAGGCGACCGAACGCCCUCGCUUCGAGUCCGAUCGGUCGCGGCAUGAGGGCACGGAAUCUACCUUGUCCACCACUGCCCCAUCGACCGUCUGGGAUGAGCUGGAAGACCUCAAAUCGCGGAUCAAGAAGCUCGAGGUGACGGGGAAGCUUCCCCCAUCGUCCCAGGAAGCCAUCUCCUCUUUUUCGGGGGACAGGCCACGAACGGCAACGACUACGGUGACAACACUGUCCUCCCCGCCACGCCCCGGCCGCAAAGCCAGCGCACCCCCCGCAGAUCUGGACACCCCCGCCGUGCCCAAUCCCGUGCACCCUAUCCUGCAAUCAGCCCUGUCCAAAUCCAAAGCCGUGAUACACAAACCAGUUUUUAGGGCCUUGGAGGCGACAGUUACGGAUGCCCUGUCCCUCUCCACCCUACUCAGCUCGGGGAAGACCGCGUCAGGCGGGGUACCGGUCGCGAACGGCUGUGGCUCGUCGGACAGAUAUGCUCGGCGGAAAGCUGACAGCGUCUGCCGCGGCUUAACUGAACUGUGUCUGGCGCUGUCUGAUGAGCAGAUCCGCCAACAGCAGGAAACAUCGGACGACGAGCAUACAUUGACUCUACACACAAAUGGCGCCAGCAAAAGUCCCGAUGAGGGAACGUCAACUCCGACCACGUCCUUCUCGCGGAGUACCAGCCAAGAACCUGAAUCGAUCGUCAGACGACAGAGCACCCAUCGGAUGACAAGUCGUCUUGAAUCACGCCGGCCCAGCCUCGCAAAUGGCAGCAACGGCCCUUCGACGGAGAAUAGCCCCAAUGUCCAGAAACAGGACACGCCGGUGGAUAGCAAACAAGCGCAAUCCCCGGGAUCUGUCCCGGCCAGUCGACUAAGCCGUCUCUCUACCUCCUUGCGGACGAGGCGAUUACGGACGGAGGACGAUUCGAACGACCCGGCAAGUCCGCAUGCACGGUCGAUAUCUCGUAGCAUGACGGAUAUCGGGAACCCACCCCCGUCGCCUCGUGAGAUGCCUCCUCGCCAGGGCCUUUCCCAUCGAUACACCACGUCGCAAUCGUUCCCUGCUUCCCAACAGGAAAAGACCUCUCGCUUCUCGGCACUGUCCCAGCCGUCGCAGUUAUCCCAACCGCGGACCCCGACGGUUCAGACGAACCUCCCUCGGCGAAGAAGCCUUAUCACUCCGUCGAAUUACACACCUGCGACGCCCCGCUCAAACAUCCAGGCUGGAUCUCGCCGAUAUGCAUAUGCCAGUGCUACCCCCUCUACCGUCGGAGAUGAUGCUCCCAUGUCUCCCCAACAGGAGCAAUCUCAAACACGAAUAGUUGCUCCCUCGAGCAAGAUUGCCUCGAGUUAUACCCCUAUCACGCAAAACCGUCUUCGAACGAACAGCCUUGGAGCCCGAAAGUUUGGCAUCAGGCCAACAAGACCCGUGGCCGGUGCCAACAAUGUUACGAGAUCUUUUGAUGACAGCCUUGAUUGA